AUGACCAAUCCACCGGAUGAAAUACAAAGGUUUCGGCACGAAUUAUUUUUGUCUUCCACAAAAACUAAGCUUCAAAGAACCUAUUCACAUCGGGGCAGAAGCAGCCGAACUCCAGCCCUCCCUCCACUGAAACCGAAACGAGACGAAUUUUCUAUCAGCAAGCCACGACCGGUUUGUGUUGGGGAUCCGAAUACUUGGGAGAUCACUACACCCAGCUCGCCUUUUACAAAUGAGAAAGCGGUUGGAGGCCGAAAUGAAGCGGUGGAUCAGGAACACGGGAUUAAUGAACACGGUGCAGCCCCGAUCGAUGACUUCGACGGAGUAGAUAGCUCCUAUGCCUUGGUGUUUAAUGAUCAUGGUACAUUCCUUAGAUCCUACCUAGAGACCAAGAAAUUAUUGUAUCUGACAGAAGCAGUGCUCUCACCCCUUUCCCCACCCCGAAGCUCGGGGGCCAACCUCGACACCCACGGACAUGUAGGCGAUGAGGCUAAUGAAGACAACGAAGACGACGAUGAUCUCAUGGUCUACUCUAAGCUACCAUUAGGUUACAACCCCAAACACGACAGACGCACGGGUAAUGGGACUCGAAGCCUCCGUAAAAGACCCUUUCUCAUCUUCAACCGGACAGAGGCCCGGGGCUACAAGCAGUUGAGGGACAGCCCCCAGGGUGAAAGAACUCUUCCCGCACUUCGGUCUCACCCAGGCGAUGGGUUUUCAGGCCGGGAAGUAAGAUUGAAGGGAUCAAACCUCCUCACUCGGAGUGGGAGACAGGCACUUAUCAAUCCCCAUGUGGGGUCCCUUGACCUAGUCCAAUCUAAGGAACAACCAGUGAAGCAAAAAAGACAAGCUCAUCGGGCUACGUUCGAGGAUAACUCCUUUGUUUCGGCCCCAAGGAAGAAGGUUCGACGACCUUUAGCGCCAAAGGACGCCAAUCGACCACCGGAACCC